GUCUAUGACUCGUGAGUAUUACAUGAAUGGGUCAGUUCACGCUCGGGUGUCUUUGUGUCGUGCGUUUUAUAGGUUAUAAUGCCGCCAAAAUUGGCCGCGACUAUCUUCAGUGAGCGCUCAUUCUUUUUUCUGCUCUCGUGGAAUUAGAAUAUUUUUUCGUAGUUUCAGGUACCGCUACUAUAAAUUAUUUCGUCGUAGCACCCACUUCUCAUAACAUAUUCUUUAAGGCAUAUACAGCAAUCCCGUGCAAAUUGUGACAUAAUUCAACAGUUUUGCAGGUUAUUUUAAUUAUAUUGAAACCACCGUUUUUACCUCAGUGAUAGGAUUAAUGAUAAUAAUAAUCCUGAAUAACACCGUUAUUUAAUGUACACACUUGAUGAUUAGCCACCAUGAACUAAUAACUGACAUUUCCAGUGAUUAAAGUGAUGAAACAGUAAAAGCCAACCAAAUUAACUGUAAUGUAUUUAUUUUCGCAUUACAUGCAGCCGCCAAACAAACCUUUCGCAGCAGUAUAGCGUCCUUUUGAUCAUAAGGAGGUUCUCUUAUUUGCUAUAAUGUCUUUCAAUCUGAUAAAAAUGACUGCUGAGUGCUUGUAAGGUGUCAGACAAUAGCGUUAAAGAUGUGCCAUACAUCCUUGUUGACAUACCAAACGUGAGGAUUGAACUACAGAUUCUCGUAUAAUCUCACAGCCUACGUUAUAGCAUGAAUGCACGGCAGCCAUCUUGCCUGUAGUGUAAACCUUUGUUGAUUGCGUGAAGUUGUGUUUUCACCACAGGACGUAAUUUCGGCCGUGUGUAUAGUGACUGUGGAUUGUUUUGGAUUUCUUUUCACGAAUGUAACUACCGUAAACUUAAGAUGCAUGCAGAAUUCUUUCGUUAAAUGUGCAUAUCCGAAGAAGGUGAGGCCAAAGGCGGGACGCUGUUUUCUAUAUCCCGCCGGGUGCCGUCGCCAAAGUUUCAGAAGAAUGUGACUGUGUGAAGUGCUCAUACGUUUCGUGUGCUAUAGGCUAGACCUGAGUUUAUUUCAGAGUGAGAGUGUAUUACUUUCGUUUUAUAAACCCUCAUGAUGAAGGAUAACGAGGCGGUAUCGCAGGCGACGUGGGCCAAUUGGAUCUUGGAGGCAAUCCGAAAGAUCCGUAGCCAGAAACAAAGGCCGUCGGUAGAGAGAAUUUCCCAUGCAAUUAGGCAGCAUCAUAGUUAUCCGGAGGAAGUUAUUGCCGAAAAUUUAGAGCUCGCGGUUAAAGAGGGUACAGUGUUAAAAGUUUUUAACAAGGGCCAGAGUUCGUACAAAGAUCCUGGCGGAGUGCAGAACAGGCAGCUGCUUGUUACCAAAGGAACAGAUUUAACGAAAGUAGUGGUAAAAGCAACGAGAGAAUUAAAUGAAAGAGAGGGCUCUACGCUUAAAAGCAUUGAAAAGUACAUUCGCCAGUCUCAUGCCGUUAACAUUACGUCUGAUGAUGUAGACUUCCGUGCGUUGUUGCGUAUUUCAUUGAAGCGUGCCGUGGCUCGGGGACUUCUUUCGCAGGAUGGCAGAUUAUUUCGACCUGCUACGUACGGUCCUGGUGGAAUUCCUAAACGUUAUGCUGAUGGAUCGCCACCCAAGCAGCGCAGGGCACCAAGUCCUGAACCAAAGCCUUCGGCGCCACUGCCGAUUUGUGGGGAAUGCUUGGGCACGGCGUCGCGCAACAAGAACGGCCGUGCGGAGGAACUGCGCAAGUGUGCCGGCUGCGGGAGCUCGGUGCACCUGUCGUGCCUAGCGCAAGAGCUGGCCACCGUGCUGUCUGCGGGCUCCACGUGGCACUGCGAAGAGUGCCGCACCUGCGCCGGCUGCUCCCAGCCCAAGGACCAGCUCUGCCUUGUGAGUUGCUGCUCUUGUGAGCGGAGCUAUCAUGCUGAGUGUUUGGACCCUCCUUCGGAGAGACGCCCAAAAAGCCCUUGGCGGUGUAGGCACUGCCUUGCUCAGCAACAGCAGCAGCAACCGGAACAAAAUCAGGAACAGCAAGUGCAGCACCACACUAUUAAGAAGCCUCGCAAGAUUGAUGUUGCCAGCAGUGUUAUAAAGAAGUACUCCAAAGUCAGAGAAAAAACAAGAGACAUAAAAAAUUACAGGUUAUUGGCAGGUGUUCGGGCCACGAAAGAACCGGCUGCAAGUACUGCAACCCCCAGCAAGAAAGGAAAACGUGUAUCUGAUCAGUCUCCCGCUAACGACUCGAGCUCUGGCUCAGAGGAGGGUAAUGACACAGCCGCUACCAGCUGUUACUCCUCUUCCUUCCUCUCUCAAUCAUCUGGUGGCUGCGGUGGUGGUCCACACCUAUCCUCAGGGCCUGGGGAACAAAGCAGUAGGGAACAGAACAGGCUUGAAGAAAAAAAUGAUCGGAUCUCUAAGGAGAAGCAGAAAUUUUUCCGUUCUAGUGCGUUUUAUGCUGUUCACAAAUCGAAACGGGUAGCAUCUCAGCAUCAGGGCACAGGAGCAAUGUCUGUUACUCAGAAAGUCAGUGUGGGGCCAGUUGUAGGAGGACAUUGUACCAGUACCAGUAGCAGUAGCAGUAGUAGCAACAACAACAGCAGCAGCAGUAGCAGCAGCAGCAGCAGCAGCAGUAGUAGUAGUGAGGAUGAGUCAGACUCAGGAGGCUCGAGCACAGAGAAGGGUAAAAGUCCAGCCAGCGCAGUAGGUGCCCUUAGUGCCUCACCACAGGCAAGCAGAGUGAAAGUUAGUACCUCUCUGUUUCACCCGUCACCUCAGAGUGUGCAGAGGCCCAGGCCUUCUAGGACUUUCCUGUCCCCAAUUACCAGUGUCCCAUCCACAACAAGUAUCAGAAGCUGUGCACCUUCCAGCAGCCCUCCUUGGGGUUUUGCUGCAGCUGCUGCAGCCGCAACUGCCGCAGCAACAGCUGCUGCAGCUUCAAAAGAAGAUAAGAAAGAACCUUCCAGUACAAAACUUGCUGGACCUGUAGAGCCCAAGUUGCCAUCGUUUCAUGGGAGAACAAAUGUAGAAGAUAAGAAGCAGUCGGCAAACACAUCUAUAGCCAGCUGCUUGAAGCAAGUCACACCACUUAGACAAGAAACUUCCUCACAUGAAAAGAGGACAUCGACAAGUGCUUACAGAGUACAACCUGGGUUUGGGCAGUUAAAGGGUCUGUUUGAUGGGCUGAGUCAUUUAUUUACAGCACCUUCUCACAACAGAAAACGGACUGUGGGUAAUGUGAACUAUAGUCUCAGCAGGCGCAAGAAGGACAAUAAAGAAAAAGUACAACCAAAACCUGAAGAUAAAGAAGUUCUGUCUCAUGAAACAAAAAAGGCUACCCUCGAGACUGCCCGAAAUGAUACUGCUUUUGUAAAUACAACAAGAGAUGUCAAAAAAUCACUUGCCAGUACAAGAUCAGAUGGUGUCUCCCCUAAACAAAGUGUUACAGGUCCAAGUAAACAAAAUUCAGCUUUCCAGCGUGACUCUACAGCUUCUGUCUCACCUGUGUUACCUCCAGUGAGUGUACCUUCCAGUAGUAGAAAAUUUGCCAGACUUGGUAUUUUUGCACCCAGCAGUGAUUCUGAACAUUCUUCAGCUGCAUCCAUUUCUUCUACAUGGAGUCAAAUGACACCAUCUCGUUUAGUGAAGACAGCUGUCAGUAGCAAGAGCUUAGAACAAGAGAGACGAAGAAUGCUGAAAGGAGGUGCUUUCUUUGAAGGUGGUCUUAUGUCUGGCUUAGGAUUGUUUGGAUAUAUGGUGGGACAUACUCUCCCUUUUCCCUUUCUCCAACCAUCAUUGUCUCAGCCUUCUCAACAUUCUCAGGAGGACCCAAAAUUGAGAAAACGUCAUCUCUCAGAGGAAGCCACCCAAACCCACCAUCGCUACCACCAUCACCACCACAGAUACCAUCCAGUACCAGUGCCAUCCACAUCCAUCGUGCUGCCACACAAGCAGACGGAUGAAGUUGUUCCUGAACCUAAGACACUUCCUCCAGGUGUUACACAGAAGGAUGUGACAUUAUACAAAGAAACUCGUGAAAGAGCAAAUUCAGCAACACCAGCGGUAUUACCUAAUGUGGAUGCACCAGCCACAUCUAGUGGAGUAGUUUCUCCUUCAACAGCAGCAGCCCAGCAGAGGUGCCCUGCUGCUAUUGAAUUUGGCCAGUAUGAGAUACAGACCUGGUAUUCCUCACCGUACCCGCAGGAAUACGCCAGAUUACCAAAACUCUUCCUCUGUGAGUUUUGCCUUAAAUACACAAAGAGCAAGGCUGUGUUGGAAAGGCAUCAAGAUAAGUGUACUUGGAGACAUCCUCCAGCUACAGAAAUCUACCGUCACAAAGAUCUCUCUGUUUUUGAGGUGGAUGGAAAUGUGAACAAAAUCUACUGUCAAAACCUCUGUCUCUUGGCAAAGCUGUUCCUGGAUCACAAAACUCUUUACUAUGAUGUGGAGCCAUUUCUGUUUUAUGUGUUAACCAAAAACGACAAAAAGGGAUGCCACCUUGUAGGUUACUUCUCAAAGGAAAAGCAUUGUCAGCAGAAGUACAAUGUAUCGUGCAUAAUGACAAUGCCACAGUACCAAAGGCAAGGCUAUGGAAGAUUCCUCAUCCAUUUUAGUUACCUCCUGUCAAAGCAAGAAGGUCAACCUGGCACUCCAGAAAAACCAUUGUCAGAUUUGGGUCGUGUCUCUUACCAUGCGUACUGGAAGUCGAUAGUACUGGAGUAUCUGGAUCAACAUCGUAAUGAGCCAUUUUCUGUAGAUGCUGUUUGCCAGGAAACGGGAGUUUAUAGUCAUGACGUGGCAGCAACUCUACAAAUGCUCGGGAUGGUCAGGCGCUGUCCUGAUGGCCGUCUCAUACUUGCUAUUGACUGGGCUCAAGUUGAUGCCCACGCAUCACGUGUUCGUGCCUCUCGUACCCGCAUACCUCUGGAUCCAGAGUGCCUUCGGUGGACUCCUCUUGUUGCAACAGUUCCCACCAGGGAUGAUGACAAAGAGGAUGAUACGGAAUCUAAAGGGGAGAACAAUGACAGUCAGGAGGACAUAGCCAAAAGUGAGAAUGAAGAGGCUAUUGAGAAGAACACAGUUGUUGCAGAUAUGAAGGAACAGGAGACUUGUAAUCCACAGCAAAGUAAAGAUGAUCUGAAAACUAACGAAGUGAAAGAGGAGCUCCAACAGAGUCAAAGUCAGCGAGGCAGGAAACGGAAGACCCAAGUUCGCUUUAGCCCAAGCCCGACACCAGCUCCCACUCCAGUAACUACUACAUUAGAAACGAGUAACAGUGCCGAAAAUGAUAAUAUCAAUAAAACACCCAUUGUGCAGAAACGAAAAGUCGGAAGGCCACCUAAAAAGAAGUUAAUAGUUGACACAGAAGUAAAAGUUCCUGAUGUUCGGCCGCAGCCAUUUCUUGAAGUGCAAGCUGGGAAAAGAAAACGAUCAGGUUUUGAAGCAGUGACUGAUAAAAGUGGUUUAGAUGAAGAACCAGAUAGAAAAAAACUGAAAGUUGAGAAUGUUUUAAAGGCCAGCAGGCUGUUGGUUCUAAAGACAGAGACUUCUGCAACUGAGGAGGCUGCAAAAAGCCCACCUGCCAAGGCAAGCACCCAGACCCAUUCAGACAGUGGUUCUAAUAAAAAUAAAAGUAGUAGGCUGCUUGUUGAAGAAAGCCCUACAAAAUCUAGGUCAAAUGGUAGGCCAAAUCAGGUGGAAGAGAUUAUUCCUAAACAGAAAGCAAAUACAAGACAGAAUUCAGGAGAUGAUUUACUUGUAAAGCAAAAAACCUGUUCAAAAUUAAAUCAGGUUGCUGAACCUUCAGUAAAAGAUAUUCACAGUUCAAAACCACAGGAUGACUAUUCAAAAACAAAAACUCCUUGUAAACCUUCUACAACUGACGAGAGUACUUUAAAAGGAAAAUUCAGCGCAAGACUUAGUCAUAAAGAAGAAUUAUCUACAAAAUCAAAAUUAAAUAGCAGGAUCAAAACAGAUGUUUCUCAUGGCAAAAGCAAACUGGGCUUGAGGCAGCAACCACAACAACAGAUAGGAAGGGCUGCUGGGGCUGCAUCUAUGAAGCUGAAAAGCAGACGGUCAGAGUUUGAUACACCUCUUCGAAAUCCUGGGAGGCGUAGAAUAUUAUCAGAAGAAACCAAGGAUGUGCAGAGUAAUACAGUUCCUCAGACACAGAAAGAAGAUAGACUGAGAAAGGAACCAAGUGAAACACCUCCAGGGCCAUUGCCGAGAGGCCGGAGAAAGUCACAAGCUCUACAACAUUCCGUUGAAAAGGUGGAGCCAAAAAGAGAGAGAUGGUCACAGCGAAGGGAAAAGAGACUGCGUCUAGAAGAAGCUUCAAAGAGCACCUCAGAAGAUGUUGAAGACUGUCCGAUGCCUGAAUUGAAACCCGAAGUCCAAUUGGAAGGUGUAGGAGUGUUAAGGGAAACAGCAGUACCUCCUCCAUUGUCACCACCCCCUCUGCACCAGCAGCUAAGUACUGAUCUCACUGAGAGAACCAAGAGGGCUGUGCAUUCCGGUGAAAAAAAGAAACGAGGGUGGAAAAAAGGCCGGCCCCGCCGUAAUCAUGUACCAGAACCAAAGUCUCCCAAACCACCGAAGUUAAAGAAGAAGCGUUUAAUGAAGCGUUAUACUGGGGAGGCAUCAGUGACAUCAGUGAAGUUAAAUGAUUCUGAGAAGAAAAGUGCAAAUGCUGUGAUAAUUCCUGAAUCUCAAGUUGAAGAAGGAAAAACUUGUGAGAAAGAAGAGAAUGUUGAUGCUAUAAAUAAAUCUGAAGUUCCAGAUACAGACCCUGAAGUUUCAGAACCUAAAGAACAAGAAUUGGAACAAAGUUCUGAAGAAGAUAAGGGAAACAUUACCAACAUUGUCAGUGAGGAGGAAAAGGCUGAUGAAGUUGAACCUGUGAAGGAUAUUGUUGAAGAGAAGGAACAGAGUGAAGCACCUCUGUUGGAAGAAAAAACAGAGGAGGAAACACUAAAUCCCUCCCUUCAAAAGAAUGAAGAGGAAAGUGAGAGAGAGCUCUUGACAACAGUUGAAAAAGAGCCCCUAGUAGAGGAACAGAGAGAGAAUGUAAAAUCGCCAAGUGUGGAGCUGGUUGAACAAGAUACUGAAAAGUUCUUAGCUCAAGAGUCCAAAGAUGAGCCUAAGUCUAGUGCAGAAAUUGAUGAACCACCACCUGUUCCUUGCCCAAAAUUGGCCUCUGAACCCGAGAAAGAAGACGUAAUACUUCUUGAAACAAAUGAGGAGGAGGAGGAAGAUAAAGAAACUCACAUGCAGCCUAUUCGGGUGAAGACAGAUCUAGAUGAAGUGGAUCUUACUAAAAGUGAUGAAAAACAUGAUGAUCAUUAUGAGGAGGGUGACAAUGCAAGCAUCACAGAAAAUAAUGAUGCUGAUGCUGUUAUGUUAGUUGAAUGUAGUGAUAACAAGGAGAAUAUGAGUGAUAAAUCACAGGAUUGCUGCAGUGUUUCAAGUGCUCCCUCAAAAAAUGAACCUGCGGAAGGUAAUGAGCUGGAUGAUAGAAAUGAACCAUCACAUAAUGAAGCAAGUUCACAGGUUGAUACAUUAAAAGAUGCUGAGAGCAAAACACCAGGUUCACCUCAAGCUGUUAUAAUAUUAGAGGAGAAAGAACUUAAUUCAAUGUCAACUCAGACGCAUUCCAGUUCACUUGGUAAUAUUAUGGAGGACAGUAGUGAUGGCUCCAAUUGUGGUACUGUUGAAGUCAGUCAGUCGUCGACCAUGCUCAGUAAUGAAAUGGGCCAACAAGACCAAGCUGACAGUGGUGCACCGUCCGGUGAUGACAAACAGUCAUCACAACAGUGUGAAGUUGUUGAAAUACCUAGUGGCAAUACAACACCUCGUUUAGAUAAUAGUGUUGAGACCAUUCAACCAGCAACACCUCUUAAUCCGGGAUCUGUAAAACACACACCACCAACACCUUCGCAGCCGGAAAUACCUAGUAUGGGAGUCUAUACUCCAGAUUCAACAACAAACUCUGUGCAUUCUCUUCAUGGGUAUGGUCAGUGUGAUCUUGACGUCAGUCAGUUGGGGUUAGAAUCUCCUACUUCUAUAUCUUCAAAUGAUAUGACAGCACAGAACUCCGUUGAGACUCCAAGACCCCCUUCAGUUCUUCCUCAGACGACCAGUCACACAACACAAACUUCAUGCCAGCAGACAUAUUCCGAAUGCAUACAGCACCAGCCACAACAGCAAAUUCAACCAUCCCAACAGCAGCAGCAGCAGCAGCAGCAGCAGCAACAACAACAACAACAACAACAACAACAGCAACAACAGAUACAGCAACAUCAAACUCAGCAGCAGCAGCAGCAACCACCCUCUGCUCAGCAGCAGCAUCACCAUCAGCAGCAGCCGCAGCAGCAGCAGCAACAACAACAACAGCCACAGCAGCAUCAGCAACAGCAACAGCCACCUCCACCCCAGCACAGUAUGCAACAGCUCCAUCACCAGCAACAACAACAGCAGCAGCAGCAGCAGCAGCUAGUGCCUACUUCCUUAGGCCAGCAGCAACAUUUGGCAAUCCAUAUUCCCAUAUCACAACAUCAACAAACUCAACAUACUAUACAGGUGCAGCAGCCUCAAGCUAAGACUCAGCGACAGAUGCAACAUCACCGCACUAAGUCCAGUACUGGCACACAGCAUAAACAUUCAAGCAAUCCAGUACAAACACAGAGGUCUACUCCACCAUCUGUGCAGCAGCAGACUCAACCACCACCACAACAGCAGCAGCAGCAGCACAAUCCCACACUUCAGCAGCAGCAUGCAGCUCUCCAGCAACAACAAUCCAGGCAAAGAUCUACACCACCAUCAGUACACCAUAUGGCAAGCACGUUAUCGCAAGCAGCUCAGCAACAGCCUCCACCACAGCAGUUAUCACUGCAAGCAAUUCAUCAAACAACUUACCACCCACAUCAUCACAACAUCAUAUCGUCCCAAGCAAACUACAUUAGUGUGCCACAAAUGGCAGUGAGUUCUCAGGCCUUCCAGCCAAGUGCAGCUGGUACUUUCGUAAGCAUGCCAAUGACAACAGUGAUCCAGCAUCGUGUUGCUGCAGCCCAGCAAGGUGCUGGAGUUGCCGCUCAUCGCACGGCUCCUGCCUGUUCCGUUACAGCUCCUGCCAAUUUCACUACAAAUUUCUAUGUGCAGACACCAGCUGCCCAUCCGCAUUCUCACACACCUGCACCUGUUCCUGCACCCACACCUACACCUGCGCCAACUCCUGCACCAACACCCACACCACAGGCAGCCCCGCCAUCUGGCAGUGGGCAAGGUAAUGCUGCUUCUUCGUGUAGCCUUGCAAAGUUGCAGCAACUGACUAAUGGUCUGGAGGCUAUACCACAGAGUGCCUGUGGUACCAUGACUCCUCCUCCACCAGUUGACCUGACACCACCUCCUCCCGUCCCAUCUGCUCAUCAUCCACAUGCAGCCAUGACUCCACCACCUGCAGCGACUCACCAGAUGAUGCAGCAGCAAGCUGUAAGGAAUCUACCAACACCACCUGCUGCAGUUCCCAAUAUACAAACACAAAUGACACUUGCUGCUGCUAAUUAUUACAAGUACCACCAAUCUAAUGUGAAUGUGAGCAAUUUGGGAGCUGCGGUGGCACCACCUGUUGCAACAACUGGAGGUCGCACAUCUCGUACUCCUGCUGGCACUGGUGUCGCAACAGUGCAACAGAUGCAAGCUGCUCCUGCCAGAGUUAGUCCCAAUGUCACAAUAAAUCCUAAUUUGGUAGCAGCAGCUGGUUAUGGAACUUUAAAUGGUUAUCGAAUGACAGCUCAGCAGACACCUGGAACUGUUGCAGGUUAUAUAACAAAUACAGCAGCUGCAGGUUUUAUCAACCAGGCACAAAUUCCUAUGCAAAUGGGUGUGAUGAAUAUGGCUCAGACGCAGUAUCAGGAUCCUGCAGCUAUUCAGAGGGCUGCGCAGCAAAAUACUAUGUACACUACAUAUGGCUAUAUAAAUGGCAGCAUAAUGCAGCCACUUAACGGGACUAUGCGUCGGUAGGACCAGUAGUUUGGCAUGGCAUUUUCAAGUUAAAUUCUGGUUUGAUUCUCAUUGCCAUGCACAACAUUUAAAAGGACAGUCAUGUAAAGUGAAAUUGUAAAUAAUGUAAUAUUGUUACACUGGUAUUGUACAUUGUAUUAUGUCCACAGCAGUAUGGAGUUGCCCUUCUGUAAUAUUUGAUCUCUCUCUCUCUCUCUCUCUCUCUCUCUCUCUCUCUCGUGUGUGUGUGUGUGUGUGUGUGUGUGUGUGUGUGUGUGUGUGAAAAACAUUUAAGUGUGCAGUGCAGUGCAUGGUAGCUGACGUUCACUUACUGACAGUUACAUCAGACCUGUUUAUGUUAUUAAACACUUUACUUGUAUCCUUAAUGCUAAAGUGUUUUCUCCCACCCACUCCUCUCCCCUUGUUAUAUCACUAAUUCUUGAAAUUCUCAUAUGCCUAAAAAUUAUUAUUUUGUCAGUACAUAACUCUUGAAUGAGACAGAUAGCAGCAAGUAUCACCAGAGAAUAAUUAUACUGGCUCAUAUUACAGUUUUAGUGUAAGUUUCAAUCAUUAAGAAUCAUAAUUGAGUCUAUUGUAUCGUCAUUUCAUUUCCAACAAAGGACGAUCAUUCCAGGCAGAGAUCCAGUAAAUAUCCUGCCAAUACAGUAAGUGGCUACUGCUGUUUGUUCAGACAUCCAUUGUGUUUAAACUACUAGAAGAAAAAAAGAAAUAGAGAGAUCUGUUGUGGAAGGUUUUGUAGUGAAUACGUAUCCCAUUAUUGAUGUGAUAUUUUUGGUCCAAAUUGUAGAAAUUGUUAUACUCUAAUUUUGUAGCUUGAAAAAUCCUGCAUUUUUUGCAGUUUUCCAUAAAACUAUUUUGAAUAUAAGAAACUCAAAAAUUGAAGAUAAUGACCAUUCGGUGAUACAGACUGGAACAGAGCAGGAGUCUAUUCCACAGAAUGACUGAAAUAGGUUAGAAAAUGUUGCUACUGUUUGCUGUAUAAUCAUAACUGGAAAAAAAAACCACAGUUAUUUGUGAAGGGAAUUGUAGGCUAUUUCUUCCGUUUUUUAGUUCUUAGGUUAUAUUAUUACCGCCUUUUAGUUGGUGUAUACUGCACAAAAAAUAGUAUAAUUACUGAAUUGCUACUCGUCUCACCCCAAAGAAUGUUGCUUCUUUGUCUUAUUUUGCUUUCUGUCCUGAAUAUUUAUAUAGUUAACUUAAAAAUAGAAGAAUAAUUCUCAGGGUACGGCUAAUGUAUACAAAGGCUGUGACGAGCAUAUCGCGAUAGAAUUGUGCAUUAAGCAAAUGAUCCUGAGGACCUGUCAUGCAGUGUAGUUUUUGAACAGUAUGGAAACCUGUUCUGUCAAGAAGCAAACACAUUGUUUCUUUUGUGUUAUAUUAAUACAGUUGUCAUUUAAGACUAAAUGAUCACAAUAAUUGCCUCGAGAGGAUUUCUUUUGUGCUGUUGUCAGUGUAAUUGCCACCUCCUCCUUCGCCCCCCCCCCCCUCCCCCUCCACCCCCCUUGUGACCCACACUUUGCCAAGGUUUGUUAUACACAGACCACGUUGUAUUUUGUCGACAGCUUUCAGCUUUCACGUAACUGAAGUUCCAAGUCACCAGAAAGAUUCUUACUGUCUUUGUAACAGUAAACAUUGUUGUAUAUGUUUCUUCAGAUUCAUGGAAUGUUCUGUAUAUAAAUAAAGUGAUAGUUAUUCUGACAUAAAUAGAUAGAAUCUCAGCAAACUUGUUCUAACUGGCAACACACACAAAUUCCACUUAUUCCUGUGAUCAUCAAUAAUUUUCUAUGUAAUUGCCAGAAUUGAAUUUUUGCCCUUAACUGUGAUCAAGUUUUUCAUUUGUUUUCCAUUGUUUAUUCAAUUACUUGGUAGUAAGUGUUGUCAGUGGGAUGUAAUUUUGAAAAUAAAAUUGGAAUUGCUACUUAAAUCACAACCAGAGAGACAGCAUCCCAUUGAUUUCAAUAAAUGGGUUGAAAGAAA